AGUUUGAUGCAGUCUGCUCAUGCCUGAGGCUUGACUUUAAUUCUUUUCACCACUUUUCUUUGUUACUUGAUGGUUGCCCCUCACAACCAAACUAAUCUAGUGGAGUAAACAAACGACUAGAAAAGCUCAAGAGUAUUCCCUCUUCGAUGACUUUUCUUUUCCUUCCUCAUGCAACAUUGCAAUCUCUCUACACUUCCGUGCCUUUACCUUUUCAUCUUACAUACACUCUCAAUCAUAAUCACAUACAAAACAUACACAACAAGAACAACAUACCUUCAGUUAUAAGAAUACUUCAAGUCUAUUAGAUCUUUCUGCUAGUACUCUGUUACACGCCAUUGGUCGUUAUCCGACUCAAGCCAUUCUUAUAUAGAAGAACUUUCGAUAUAUCGAGCACAAACACGAAUUCUACUAACCCAAAACAAUUACCAGGAACCAUUAGGUUGAGUCUCUUGGAGCUCGUUCGAUAUACCGAAUCUACUCCCAUCAUCGAUCGAUACAUUGAUUUGUCUUUCGACCGAGAUCAUACCUUGAUAUUGCAAAAUGGCUACUGCAGUAUCUACCCCAAUCAAAUCCCACGCUGGGCUCUUUUCCACACGUACCGCUGGCGGACGCAUGCCUUUGACCCCAUCUCCCCGCACACGCACUCAGACUCUUUCCAUUAAUAACUCAUCUCCUUUCACCCCACCUGAGAGAAAGACAUCGGAAGAAAAUGUACGACUAUCAUCCAAGUCCACAUAUGGUGGAAACCUAACAUCGCAUUUCGCAAAGUCAUCAAGAAAAUCUCACCGCGACUCACCAAAGUCCAACAUUGCCAAGGGUGUCCAAACUCCUCGGCAUGCCCUUGAGCUCGGUGUCUCUGACUUUGCUCUUACUGGUACAGGAUGCAAGACACCUGUCAGUGGACGAACCAGAAAAGCCCCGGUCCGCGCAAAGUCUACCAAGACAACUGUCUCAUAUUCUGGUGACAGAUUCAUCCCAGAUCGUGCUGCAAGCUCAGCUAUCACAACUGCUGGCUGCGGAAAAGCUGACUUUGCCGAGAAACAAAGACCAAAAAGCAUCAACGAAAGCUCUUCAGUCCUCGCAUCAGGUGCUGGUGAUGCCCUUACUGCUCUUGAAUCAUUGACCUUGGAUGAUGAAGAAGAACCAGCUUCAUACUCCCGCCCAUCUCCAAACACCAUUGCAUACCAAGACUCCUUGGCAUCUGCUUGUGGUAUUUCUCAAGGCCAAAGAAUUCUUGCUUUCAAGCCUGCUGCUCCUGAAUCUUCGAAGCCAGUUGACCUCAGAUCUCAAUACAACCGUCCUCUCAAGAACUCUAACGCUACCGCUGCUCAAUUCAGACGCCGUAUCGCAACUGCACCAGAGCGUGUAUUGGAUGCACCUGGUCUUGUUGACGAUUACUACUUGAACCUUCUCGACUGGAGCUCCAACAAUCAAGUUGCCAUUGGUCUUGAACGCAAUGUUUAUGUCUGGUCUGCUGAGUCUGGUACUGUCAGCUCUCUUCUCGAAACCAGCCCAGAUACCUAUGUUAGCAGUGUCAAGUGGUCUGGUGAUGGAGCAUAUGUCAGUGUUGGUCUCGGUUCCGGAGAAGUUCAAAUCUGGGAUGUCGAAGAAGGCACUAAGCUCAGAAGCAUGCACGGACACGAUACUCGUGUUGGUGUUAUGGGAUGGAACAAGCACACUCUUUCCACUGGUGCACGAAGCGGCCUUGUCUUCAACCACGAUGUUCGCAUUGCUCAACACAAGGUUGCCGAGUUGGUUUCUCACACUUCUGAGGUUUGUGGUUUGGAAUGGCGUGCCGAUGGUGCUCAACUUGCUACCGGCGGUAACGACAACUUGGUCUCUAUCUGGGAUGCUCGUUCAUUGGCUGUUCCUAAGUUCACCAAGACCAACCACAAGGCUGCUGUCAAGGCUCUCAGCUGGUGCCCAUGGCAACCAAACGUUUUGGCAACUGGUGGUGGAUCAUACGACCGCCACAUUCACUUCUGGAAUACCACAACUGGCGCACGUGUCAACAGCAUCGAUACUGGUUCCCAAGUCACCAGUCUCCGAUGGAGCCCUCAUUACCGCGAGAUCGUCAGCACCAGUGGCUUCCCUGACAACUCUAUCAGCAUCUGGAGCUACCCAACCUUGGUUCGCAAUGUUGAGAUUCCAGCACACGAGACCAGAGUCCUACACAGCUGUCUUAGCCCGGAUGGACAAAUGCUCGCAACAGCUGGUAAGAUUUUCCCUCUGCCUAAUAAAUUGAAUACCACUAAUAAUCAUUAGCUGCUGAUGAGAGCUUAAAAUUCUGGAAGGUAUUCGAGAAGAAGUCUGGCCCAAGUGCAUCUGCAUCAGCUGGUUCUUCUGGCAAGGCCGACAUGGUCAAGCAAAUGACUAUCAGAUAGAUAGGUCAAGAAUAGCUCUCGGGAGCUACAGGUAAAGUAUCAAGCAAAAUUCCAUAAUAGCAUUUAGCGAUUGGGAUGUUUUAGCGUGGUGUUUGGUGGAUUUCGAUCUUCACAAUAGCCCAUGGCAGAAAGUGCUUCACCUGGUGCGAGUUGAUGCUUUGACGAUGAAUGAAUGGAUACCUCUGGUGGUUAUAUAGUUGGUUGGCGUACACCUUUUGGAACGGGACUCUAUGUGUUAGUUAUUUUAAUUAGGAAAUGUAAAUUACUUGAACCAAAUUGAGGGUACGCGUGUUAAGUGGA